CUCAAAUAUCAUCCCAUUUUAAUUUUCAUUAUCAUGGGAGGAUAUUUUGUAUUGAUACUCUGUUUCACUGCUGUCCACUGUUAUAGAACAGUAAGAUUCCAAAGAGGGACAAAUGCUGUAGUAAAAUGGGAACUAUCUCAGUCAGUAUCAACAACGAAUGCUGCCAUAAUGAGAAAUUUGACUUUAAUUAUUUUUAGGAUCGAUUUUGGUUCUGUAUUAUCAAACACAGGCGACACUAGAUACAAAAUAGACAAGUACAUGUCACAAACCAUAACAGCCAUCAAGUUCACUAUCCGGAAUGUAACUAGUGAUGAUGCGGGUGUCUAUACAUUACAGGAUACCAACACAGUCUUUGACGGAGUUAUAUUGGUCAUUACUGACUAUCCAGUUACAGAGAAUGAGUCAGCCAUGUCAGACGAUACUAUGACAGUAGUUAUAUGGAGUGUCAUCGGAGGAGUUCUAGUGGUUAUAGUCUUGAUAUUCAUUGUCGUUUUAGGAAGAAACUAUUUUAAGAAAAGUAUGAGUGGCGACAGUGGUACGGUGUAUGUAAACAUGAAAGACGACUCAGUAGCAGGCAUCACAUCAGCGCGAGAAAAGAGUUACGUUUCUGCAGCACGGAUGGAAAAACCUACAGUUGAUAAUGUUUACAGUGAAGUAAGAAAGAAAACUGAACAAACUAGUGUAACUAAUCCAGGAACGGAACAUCAACUAACUAGAGUAACUGAUCCAGAAACGGAACAUCAACUAACUAGAGUAACUGAUCCAGAAACGGAACAUCAACUAACUAGAGUAACUGAUCCAGAAACGGAACAUCAACUAACUAGAGUAACUGAUCCAGAAACAGAAAAUCAACAAAACAAUGAACAAAUGAACACAGAUCAGUUAGUUUACAUCGAAGUAACUUUUGACGAUGACAAAAAGAUGGAAGAAGAAACAGUUCAGAAGAACAUCACCAGAACAACAUACGAAGAGGUUGACUUUUACGCCACUGCUGUUCUAGCAAACAAUAACGAUUCGUCUUGAAGCUGUUUGUAAUUUGUUGUUGUAUUUAAUAAAUGUAUUCACUAAAAUAAAGUAGACUUAUAUUAUUUUGGA